AUGACUUCAUCUAAGAAGAAGAUUCAGGAGAUUUCCUUAAAAGGGGGUGAUGAGGAGCCGGUGCAGCUCGACGAGGUGUUGAGCAAGUUGGGAGCCUUCGGCAGACACCAGCUGAUCACCAUGUGCAUGCUCGCGCUCGUGUACGCGACCAACUCAAUAUACAAUGUCAAUUAUGUGUUCGCCGUAGAAGACGUAAACUACAGAUGCAAAAUACCAGAAUGCGAUUCAAAAGAUUCAUCAUUCGCGGCUUCCUGGCUCGACACCUCGCCUUUAGGCCUGGAAACUGACGGAUUGAAGCAAUGUUAUCAACACCCACCCCUGAACAGUCAAUGUCUCAGCUUCAACAAAAGCCGGACUGAAAAAUGCACCGAGUGGGUUUAUGAUAUUCCUGACAGCUUUGUAGCUGAGUUUGGGUUGGCGUGCAAUGACUGGAAAGCAACCCUAGUCGGUACCAUUCACUUAUUCGGCAGUAUGGUGGGACAGUUAAUUCAAGGCCAGAUUUCUGACAGAUUUGGUCGCAAGAUGGCGGCAGUGUUUGCGGGGAGUAUGGGAGCCAUAUUGGGUUUGGCGAAGAGCUUCUCUACAUCCUACUGGGUUUACAUCGUGCUUGAGGGAUUAGAGGCGGCUAUUGGUGACGCCCUGUCACCUAUGUUUAUGUUAAGCAUAGAAAUCGUUGAGAAAAAACGAGCAAUAUUAUACCAGAUGAUUCUACUUAACUUCUAUACGUGCGGUCAAAUUAUCAUGCCUUUUAUAGCCUGGGCAGUGCCCUACUGGCGCAACUUCCUGAGAGUUAUAUACGCGCCCACGCUCAUUAUAUUGUUUUACUCCUUCUUUCUCGACGAGAGCAUCCGGUGGCUCUUUAGUAAAGGCAAAAAGGAACAAGGCAUUAGGCUUAUAGAGAAGAUAGCAAAAAGAAAUAAUGUGAAAAUCGACAAGAAUCUAUUAAACAGGUUAGAUUACAGCGAAGAAGACACGUCAAACAAGAUCAACGACCGAAAGUUACUGAUGAAGACCUUCCGAUCCAGGAUAAUGAUGCAAAGGUUCCUCGUGUGCAUGGUCUGGUGGUUCACGAUCACUCUCAUCAACUACGGGAUGAUGAUCAGCUCCGUGCUGAUCAACGGCAACAAAUACCUCAACUUCGCUCUGCUCAUCAUGAUGGACAUACCCGCGAACGUCCUGUACUGGCUCGCUUUAUCGAAAUACAAAAGAAAGAUGCCAUUAAUCGUAUCUUUCAUUGUUGGUGGAGUUUUUUGCAUCUCACAACCUUUUCUGCCAAAAGGCUACGCGUGGCUGGGACUGGCGCUGUUCAUGGCGUUCGAGAUGCUGGCGACGUUCUCGUACAACAUCGUGUACAUGUACACGUCGGAGCUGUUCCCCACCUACACGCGCAACUCCAUGCACUCCAUCUGCUCCGCGGUGGGGCGCGUGGGCUCGCUGCUGGCGCCGCAGACACCCUUACUGAUGACAUAUUGGACCGGCUUGCCAGCUUUAAUUUUCGGUGUGUGCUCGUUGCUGUCGGGAGCCCUCACUCUCUUGAUGCCAGAAACUGCUCGGACGCAGCUACCCGACACCAUCCGAGAAGCAGAGACCAUCGGGAAACGAAAAUACAAACACGAUCCAGCCUCCGAAACAUUGAAAGGAACCUAGAUACCCCACGUCAACACGAAGAUAUACGGUGUAGUGACACAAGUAGCCGGUGAAACGAGAUAUUUAAAGCAUAAAACCGAUAUAAAGUUAUAUUUCACGAUAAUAAAAUGUGACCAUAAACGAAUGUGGCUUUACAGUAUGUCUCAAGAAAAAAAUUGUUUUAAAAUCAUAAUUAUAAAUAAACCUGUCUUCUGAGUUUUUAUUGAGUCGUUUCUAACAUCAUGGAGAUCGUUUCGAAGUAGGACGGCUACAUGAUACGGCUGCCACAGACUUGGUACCAGAACCGUUUAUACCGUUUAUGUUAGUGUUAUUUUAUUGAUAACAAUCAUUUUAUAUGCGAUAUUAAAUGUUUUGUUACUCCUGUUA